AAAGAGGCUGCACCAGAUCCUUCAUAAGUAUGUUCCCAGAGAAGUCAGGGAAACUGUGAGUGUCACGUCCUACGACGGAAGGGACUGGCAGGAUGUGGAAGGUGGCACUUUCCAUAAGGCAGACACCCAGAGGAGGAACAUUAAACGAGGACAUGCGCAAGUGUGAGAUGUUUUCCGCCAUCUCUGGGACUGUUUGCACAUUCCCAAAAUGCCAGAGCAGCCAGAUGAUUACAGUUCACUGUGGUGCACAGCCGUGCUCAGGCACCGGGAGCUGCUUGUGCGUGGUGCUGGUGGAUGUGCCCUGCACGACGGACAGGCACUCUGCCAUGGAGGAGGACAACAACAUCUUCCACAAGAGGCGAACCAAGGAGCGUCAGAUGCUGCCCAUGCUGCAGCUGCAGCUGCUGAUGGCUGGGAUCCUCGCUGCCAAACCAGGAGGAGAUGUGGUGUACUCCACGUGCUCCCUCUCCCCGCUGCAGAACGAGUGUGUGGUCGAGAGAGCGGUAGAAAUUGCAGAAACCCAGUUUAACAUCAGUGUCCACGUUGAGGACUUGAGCCACUUUAGGACGCUCUUCCAGGACACGUUUUCCUUCUUCUCAGGUUGCCGGCUGGGGGAGCUUGUUCUGCCUCACCUCACAGCCAACUUUGGACCUAUGUAUUUCUGCAAAUUACGUCGGAUGUAGAAGGGGCAACAGACUAUGUCUGUUUGCUGUCAGGAAAUACCCCAAAUUUCCAGAGAAACUACAACUGCUUUGUAUUUAUUUUUCCUUUUAAAAUGUCCCAAAGGAAGUCCGCUUUUUUACUGCAGUCAUAGAAAAUAAAUGAGAAAGACCUGC